GAGGAGGAGGAGGAGGAGGGAGGAGGAAAAGCAGUGCCCCCCGGCACCUCUUUCCAAGCAAUGACCUCCAAGCCAAAGAAGCGGGUGACCUCCACGCGCCCCGAGCCCCCCAACACGGAGCAAAUUCUGGAGGAUGUCCAGCGUGCCCAAUCCAACGACCCCGUGUUUGUUCUCCUGGCGGAGCCCAGUGAAGAUUUGCCCACUCCAGCCAAGAACGAAGACCCAGAGGCCAAGCGGGAGCGCCUCUAUCGGCUAACCCAGUCCUACGUGGAGAUGAACCAUCGCCUGCAGAAGGCCUGCAGCCUGCUGAAGGAGAAAUGCGAGGAGCUGAAGCGCGCCGGUGCGACUCUGGAGCAGGGCAUCCUGGAGAUGAAGCAGAGGGCCUUGUGAGCGGCUCGCAGGGGGCGAUGCCCGCAGCCCACUGGGACAGCCAGGCGAAUCAAACAUCGAGAAGUCGGCCAGCACACGCCCGAGCGACAAAAGACUCCUGAGUCCAGCAUGCAUAAGCUACCCCUCUCGAGCACCGUCCGUGUUUUCAGUUCCGUGAAUGUGUGCCAAGAACAGCUGCUUCUGGAAGGCUGAAGCAGCCUCGCUCAGCUCUCCUUGCCAUGCCCAGUAGUAUGGUUAGCGUCCCCCGUAGUUUCUUUCACCCCAGGUUCGUGAGUUCCGCCCUCCGUUCUGCUUGGAUCCCUCACCCUUCUUGGCUUCCUUCGCACAGACUUCAGGCGGGUUCCUCGGUGGGGCCGGGACAGGAGGGGAGCGCAGAGCAGGGGGCCGGCACCCACUGCGGGUUGCUUGCCAUGACCGCUCCGCCGCGGCGCUACGAUUUCUCCCUCUGGUACUGCCUCAGCGACGAUCACAUCGCGACUUCCAUCGGCAAGAUCCUGACCAAGCAAGGCCUCCGGGGCUACAUCGAGCACCAGGACCACGUGGCCGGGCGGUCGGUCAUCGCCUCGGUGAACGAGAUCAUCCAGAGCAGCCGCGUCGCCCUCGUCCUCUUGACCUCGCGCUCUCUGGCUGACCCGUGGUGCCAGCGCGUCGUGGAGUGGAACCUCGUCCACACGAUACUCCAGGAGGGGACGAAAGUAAUCCCGGUGUGUGUGGAUGUCAGGCAGGAGCAGAUGCCGCCGGCGCUCAGGCACCUGACCGGACUCGAGUACAGAGGGCCAUUCUUCAGGCAGAGGUUGCUUGACAGCGUGCAAAAGGCCAGGUCGCCCACAAGGACCCCGUGCCCUUCCAGUCUGACCAGGGUUGGUGUCUAAGGGUCUGGAGAAGCGGAUUGCGGAGGGGUUGUGGAGGCCGCAGCUUGGUUGUUGCAUUCUGACCAUCUCUAGACGUGUGUUGGGUUCAUUUUGUGUUUCACUUAGGCCCCAUCGUGAUGUGGGUUGGUGCCCAUGAACAGGUCUCAGUAGAUUCGUGCCUGGAGCUGAUGUGUGGGAACGUCUUUAAGUGAACAAAGUUUUAGGUGUUCUGGGGAGCGAGUGCAAGGGAGGGGAGCUGUCCUUUGUUCUUUGUCUGGUAGGGAGGGAGUUGCCGUCGAGAGAAACGCCAAGUCCUGAGACUGCUGAUUGUUGCGUUCAAUUUAAUUGCAGGAGCUCUUAUUAAAAAGCAGUUUUUGGACAACUUUUGGCUGUGUGGGCUCCUUCGGUAUACCCCUCUCUUCAGUUGAGUUGAACUGUGGUGACAUGGAACGUUCACAAACGCCACAAAUCAAGGUGUAAAAGUUUGUGGUGACAUGGAACGUUCACAAACACCCCAAAACAAGGUGUAAAAGUUAGUUGUGUUAGGUUAGGCUGCAGCAAGCAGACAGUGCUCAAAAAAGCACCGCCAGGCAGAAAAGGAACAGCAUACCCAUUCUGGCCGAUAAUUCUCCUCAUCCUUCAUCUGAUGGGAGUUGCAGGCUGAAACAGCUCGACGGUCACAAUUUGCCCACCUCUGCCUCAAAGACUUUUAGGGAUCAUUCUUAUGGUGUUCCUAGACUGCUUGGGAUUCUUUGGAUGACAGAACUCUGACCUGGGAGAGGGGGAUCUGUUCUCGGAUCUCCCUCUCCCCCAGUGUCGCCACCAGAGUGUGCCUUGCAAUCUACUUCUCCCGUACUGCAGCACGGAUGUCCAGUCACUUUCCCUCCCCAAAGCGGUAAUUCCUUUUUUAAGCCCGCUCAGAAGCGAGCAGGCAUAUUGGCCAGCGUUGGAUCUGGGGCUCACAGAUGAAAACCCCUGCUUUAUAGGGUUGCUGGAAACAUUUAGGCAUGAGUUCACAAUUUCACUAAUCUAUGGCUAGUGCGUUUACAGAACAUCUUUAAAAAACAAUAAAUAUUAUUUAUCAUGAAUAAAUGAAUACUAUUCGAGGAUAAAUCUC